AUGUCCGUGUACAGUGCAAGUAUCGGCCAGUCAAGGACGCCAACAGCGCCGAAGGCUGUCUCGCUAAAAACUGAGCAUUCUGAUCGUUGGCCCGGUGCGGAAAAAAAAAGUGGCACGCAAACACUUCCGCAGCAGCCAGAGGGCCCGAUUCGAGCAUACGCAAAGCUUGAAUUUCCUGGGUUUUCCUACUACAUCCAGACACUCGAGGUCACGAUCGGCCGUCGGCCUGGUCAGCUGCAGACAGAAUCGGUCGCCUCCGUCUGCCCCCCCAAAGUAUGGCACCAAGGCGAUGUCGACGUGGACCUAGGCCCUUUGAAAUCAAUUUCACGGCUACAUGCGCGAAUAUUCUACUCCGUCGAGCCUCACUGCUACGCUAGCCCGCUGAAUUUAGCCGGGAUGCUACCGCAAAUCCAAGGCGUAUCUUCGCGCUCGUUGCGCGAAGAUACCUCUCCCGGCGCGCCUCUCGAAGAAGGCCGGUUUAUGCUGCAAGUUUUGGGCCGGAAUGGCGCAUUUGUGGACGAUGUGUGGGUGCGCAUGAACGGCAUUGUGCCGCUCGGCCAGCGCACCAAGAUGCAGAUUGCGGAGCGCGUCUUCUACUUUGUUUUGCCGCCGCCAGCGUCUCUAUCCCAAGCGGAACAUGAUGUAUCGCGCGUUUCUGAAGAAGAGCAAGCCAUUAGCGACGCUUCCUUGGACCUCUCUGACGAAGAUGUACCGGAUCCACGCGAGGAAGAAACGCCGAGCCCACGCAAGCUGGUCCUGAAACCUAAAUCCAAGCUCGCGUUGGAAAGAGACGGCAAGAAACGCGCAUAUGACGAGCACAUCACGUCGCCAGACCCCAGCAGCAAGCGCCAGCGCAGCGUGCGCGAAGAUACGGAGGAAGCGCACGAGAAAAGCAAGCGGCAAGAAGUUGUCGUCAUCGACGACGACGACGAACAUUCGGCCCAAGCUCCCGCACCGUCUAAUUCCACAUUGCUCUCGACGCUGGCCACCACAGCAUCACAGCUGGGCGCAUCUCCAACGCAAGGCACGUUCCAGAAGCCAGGCCUGUCAAAUGUAGAGCUGAUCACCAACGCACUCUCUUCGGACUAUUGCACGAAAAAAGGCGGCAAGCUUACACUCCAGGAAGUCUACGAAUGGCUCCAGAAUACCUACCCAUGGUUUGGCCAGCACGGGCGGAAGACGGGCCGCGAUUGGCAAAGCUCGAUCCGGCACACAAUCGGCACAAGCCGCGAGUUUGUCAAGAUCCCCCGGCAGCCACACGAGCAUGGAAAAGGCAUAUUUUACACUUUGGUUUCCAGCGAUACUGCCAAAGUACAAGGCAGUGUACAGCGGGACGAUACAGCCGCUCAAGACCCUUGUCCAGCGGACACCAAGCCAGCCGCGCCGCGCAUUCCGCUUGUGGUUGGCAUCCCGCCGGGCAGCGCCGAUCAGGCGGGCGCCCGUGGCAAUGGGCAGGGUACAAUCGAGUCGUUGCUCGAAGCGCCGCCCAUUGCACACCACCAGGGCAAGCUGUACUUGAGCCCCACUGUAUUUGGCCAUCUUUCUGCCGAGCAAUUGCAGCACAUCGAGGGUCUCGGCGCGCAGCCGGCGCUCCAGGUCUUACAGGCAUACCUGGUCACGCAUCUUAAGGAGCGAAUGAAGAAACAAGCGCCGCAAGCGCCGCAGGCGCCCCAGGCGCCGUCUCCGCCAUCGCAGUAUGACCAGCGGCUCGAGCCGCCAAAUGUGCCCAAGAUUCCUGUACCUGCCCUCGACGAGGCGAAAUCCACGACGCUUGCCGCAGAUGCCGUGCAAGGAUCAGGAGGAGGAGGCGGAACUGUGUCCCACGCUGCAUCGAUACCCCAAACCACCACGCCUGCAGCGCCGGAAUCUGACAAGUCUACCAACGAUCCCCUCGCCGCGCUGUCGUCCUUGGCUGCGCAUCCCGAAGCAGCAGGACUAAUUGCCUUGCUCCGGAAGCAGCAAGAAGGCGGCCAAGGCCCAGUCAAGCUGACGCACGGGCAGCUCCAGCUUCUCCAGCUUGCCAACAAGCUAGCGCAAAAGAAGAAGAAGAAGGCGGAGCCCGGCAAGGAGCCUUUGUCUUCAAGCACCGAGGGCGCACCCGGAAAGCCGCUGUAA